GAUUGAUUGUUGCUACUCGCUUGUCAGUUUGUGGUGCGGAGAUAACUUAUUAUGGAAGUCUCAAAGAACCUGCGCAUUGGUGUCGAUGUCGGCGGCACAAACACCGAUGGAGUUAUCAUCGAUCCUUCCAAAUCCGGUGAACCCGGUAGGGGAAUUGUUGCUUGGCACAAAGCCCCAACAACGGCCGAUCCAAGCCAUGGCAUUUCCAACGCUAUCACCACCAUGUUCGGCUCAGCGUCAGUCGAUCCGGACUCUGUAGCCAGCUUGACGAUAGGAACGACAGCGUUUAUAAAUGCUGUUGUAACUCGCGAUGUUUCACGCCUUUCCUCUGUUGCAGUGCUUCGUCUCUCCGGACCGUUUAGCAAGCAUGCACCACCUUGCGUAGACUGGCCUACCUCCUUGCGCAAGAUUAUCUUAGGUCACUAUGCAUUGGUUCAAGGUGGGUUGCAAGUGGACGGUGACUUGAUUUCUGAUAUCAAGGAACAGGAGAUUGUAGACCAAUGUAAGACUAUCAAGGAAAAGGGUAUUAAGAGCAUCGUUGUGAACGGUGUCUUCAGCCCUAUUGACACAUCUGAGAAGCAGGAAGAGCGGGCAGCAGAGAUCAUCAAGCGCGAACUGGGCGAUCGAGUCGAUAUCGUCCUAAGCAAAACCGUCGCUAAUCUUGGGUUCCUUGAACGUGAGAAUGCAGCUAUCUUGAACGCUUCCAUCUUGGCAUUUGCGCGACGAACAAUUGCCUCUUUCCAAGCUCCUAUCAAGAAGCUCGGACUGAAUUGCCCCGUCUUCAUCACACAAAACGAUGGCACACUUCUGAGCGGCGAGGCGGCGAGUCGCCUACCGAUCCGUACAUUUUCCUCAGGCCCAACAAACAGUAUGCGUGGAGCUGCUUUCCUUGUAGGACAGCAAGAAAAGGCCGAGGCUAUGAUGGUAGUCGAUGUCGGUGGAACGACGACAGACGUAGGUUUGCUGCUUGCGAACGGAUUUCCAAGACAACAAGCAGCAUACUCGGAGCUUUCGGGUGUAAGAAUGAACUUCUCGUAUCCAGAUGUAAAGAGCAUAGGACUGGGUGGUGGAAGUCUGGUCAGGAGGGUGAAUGGGAAGUUACAGGUUGGGCCAGAGUCUGUUGGGUACAAACUGCCAGAGAAGGCGUUAGUCUUCAACGGAGAUGUACCGACAGCUACGGACUACGUUGUGGCUGGCUCGUCAGUUGUCAGCAUAGGUGAGCCGGAGAGGGUAAGAGGGAAGCUUAACGAGAAAGACGUGGCAGAUUUCAAGGCAGAGGUCAAAAAAAUACUUGAACGCAUCAUAGACACGAUGAAGACCUCGCCCGAAGACCUUCCUGUCUUGCUUGUUGGAGGCGGCGCAGUUGUAGCACCUGAUACACUCAAAGGUGCGAGCAGAGUGAUCAAGCCAGAGUGGUCUGGUGUGGCAAACGCAAUUGGUGCCGCGAUGGCUCGAGUCAGUGCUGUAGUCGACACUAUCAAAUCUACCGAGGAGAAGACCACCAAGGAACUACUUGCCGAGAUAUCAGAAGAAGCCAAACAGAGAACAAUUGAAGCAGGAGCUUCUCCAGAGUCAGUUGAAAUUGUCGAGAUAGAAGACUUGCCACUGCCAUAUGUUGCGAAUAAGACCCGCUUUAUUGUAAGAGCAGCUGGCGAUUUCGAUUACUCUCGGUCGAACGACUUUACACAGUCAAAUGUCACCAAAGAAGAGGAUUCUGCGACUGCAUUGAAUGAUGCGCUUGACACCGUUGCUCCAGAGACCACGGAAGACACAUCAGCUGAAGAUGAUGCUAUACUAGAUAUCGAUAUUACAGCAUACAAACCUAAAGUGAUCAACCGAGAAUGGUGGAUCUCGGAGACUGACCUUGGUUGGAUAUCGAUCGGCUGCUACAUCAUGGGAACAGGAGGCGGUGGCUCGCCAUACGCAACUAUGCUACGAGUACGAGGGAUACUCCGUUCUGGUGGAACUGCGCGAGUGGUCAGCCCGGAUGAUCUGAAAGAUGACGAUCUAGUGGGAUCGGGUGGCGGUGCGGGAAGCCCUACGGUAGGCAUCGAGAAGCUAUCUGCUGACGAAAUGAUGGACGCACAAACGCAUCUCUACAAGCUCUUCGAAGGCGGUCGCGCCACGCAUAUCAUCCCUCUUGAGAUAGGGGGUUCAAAUGGGUUGCAAGGCCUCGUCUUGGGCGCAUCAACCAACAUGAACGUACCCUGCGUAGAUGCAGACUGGAUGGGUCGCGCAUAUCCCACUAAGUGGCAAACUACACCAGUCGUCUUUGGAGAGCGCGAGAUCGUCUUUGCACCCGUCUGCAUAGCUGACGGUAACGGGAAUGUGCUGUACAUGCCCACGGCAUCAAGCGAUUUGAAGGUUGAGCAAGUUCUCAGAGCAGCCUUGAGUCAGAUGGGAAGUGCUGUUGGCACCGCCGAUGCGCCUGUCACAGGUGCUGAGACAAGACGCUGGGCAGUCGAACACACAAUCUCUUUAUCGUGGCGUAUUGGUAGAGAAGUCGCACGAGCGAGAAAAGAAAACAGAAUUGACACUGUGGGCGAGUCCAUCAUCAACGCGGUGGGCGGCAAGGAAACAGGCCGUGUUCUGUUCAAAGGCAAGAUUGUGGGCGUCGAGCGCAAGCUCUAUAUGGGCCACGUGUAUGGCGAAGUCAUUGUUGAGGGCAUAGGUGCUGAGUUCUCAGGGAAGAUCAAGAUUCCCUUCAAGAAUGAGAACAUUGCGGUGAUACGGAUACCGGACGGCGAGGAGAGCAAAACUGGGGAAGAAAAAAAUGAGGACGUGUUAGCUAUUGUACCAGAUCUGGUUUCGGUUAUCGAUGCACAGAAUGGAGAGGCGAUCGGUACUCCUGAAUAUCGAUAUGGUUUGCUGGUAUCGGUCAUUGGUAUCACCGCUAGCGAGCGGUGGACAAGUCCAAGGGGCAUCGAGAUAGGAGGACCAAAGUCCUUCGGAUUGAACCAUCUGGAAUACAGACCGCUGGGUAAGUUUGUAAAGCCAGUUAGUGUCAUCGAUGAGUAUGAUGGUGUGGUAUGAAGAAUACAGGCGAUUAGCAGUCGAAAAUAGAUAUCUGAGAACCAGGCAAUGAAGACUUUGGAGUGCAAAAUCCAGUCUACGCGACCUCAGAGUCUGAAGCGUGUUUGCUCCCAGAGUACAGUGGCGAGAUGAUCUUGACCGCUGCCUCAUAGCUCGUAAAAAGAAUUCCGCCGCUGAACACAGUGCGUCCUAGACGCAUAGUUGUGCCCUUCCAGAACCCUUUGACACCGUAAUCGAGAAGAACGCUCUUUAUAGCUUCAAUGGUACUCGUUCCUUUCGCACUUUGGGAUCUUGUUUUGAUAACCUGGAAUGAUGUUGG